GAAAGAAAGAUGAACCCUCGUAUCAUCGUUUUUCCAAGUUUAUCACCGAACGAGAACACCGAACACCCUCUUCUUCUUGUUUGACUUUGUCACUGCUGGUUCAAAGUUACUAGAUUUGGGUACACUACGAUGGCCACGUUUUCCAUUGGGACACACACGCACUUGUGCAUGUUCCACCAUUUCCGGAACUCUAGGCUUUCACUUCAUGGCCUUCACUCUCUUCAAUCCUCGCCCCCCUCUCUCUGUAGAAUCAGAGGGCCCAGCUUGCUCCGUAAUCAUGUCUUGGCGCGUGCAGAAGAUAAGGCCAGAGGUUCCUCCACUUCUUCCCAGCAGCAGUUCCAGGACUUACCAACUGAAUCUGGAACCUGUGAUCCCCUAUGUUCACUUGAUGAAACAAGCUCACAAGAUUUUGUGGACAGUUAUAAGCCCAAGACCGAUUUGCUCAAAGCUGUUGCGGUAUUUGCAGCAGCUGCAACUGGGGCAGUGGCAAUUAACCAUUCUUGGGUGGCCGCAAAUCAGGAUCUUGCCAUGGCAUUGCUAUUUGUAAUAGGAUAUGUAGGCAUCAUAUUUGAGGAAUCUCUAGCUUUCAACAAAAGUGGAGUAGGACUUUUGAUGGCUGUAAGCUUGUGGACUAUAAGAAGUAUUGGGGCUCCAUCAACUGGUGUAGCUGUUUCUGAGCUAACGCGUGCGUCUGCGGAAGUCAGUGAAAUAGUGUUUUUCUUGCUUGGAGCUAUGACUAUUGUGGAAAUAGUUGAUGCUCAUCAAGGAUUUAAGCUAGUUACUGACAAUAUAACAACUCGAAAGCCACGACUUCUCCUUUGGGUGAUUGGAUUUGUGACAUUUUUUCUCAGUUCAGUUUUAGACAACCUUACCUCUACAAUAGUCAUGGUUUCUCUGUUGCGGAAAUUAGUACCCCCAUCAGAGUAUCGAAAGAUUCUUGGAGCCGUGGUUGUAAUAGCUGCAAAUGCUGGUGGUGCAUGGACUCCUAUUGGUGAUGUUACCACCACUAUGCUGUGGAUACAUGGUCAAAUAUCUACAGUGCAAACAAUGAAGAGUUUGUUUGUACCUUCAGCCAUUUCUCUAGCUGUUCCAUUGGCGCUCAUGUCCCUGACUAGCGAAGUGAAUGGGAAGGGACAGGAUUCUCCAAAUGUCUUGGCUUCCGAACAGAUGGCUCCUCGAGGACAGCUUGUUUUCUCAGUUGGUUUAGGGGCUUUGAUUUUUGUCCCCGUGUUCAAGGCCCUCACAGGUUUGCCUCCCUACAUGGGGAUGCUACUUGGACUAGGUGUCCUUUGGAUCCUCACUGAUGCUAUUCAUUACGGUGAAUCGGAAAGACAAAGGCUAAAAGUGCCGCAGGCUCUGUCAAGAAUAGACACUCAAGGAGCUCUAUUCUUCCUGGGAAUUCUAUUGUCUGUUAGCAGCCUGGAGGCAGCAGGAAUCCUUCGUGAAAUAGCGAAUUACCUUGAUGCUCAUAUCCAGAGCAGUGAACUGAUUGCAAGUGCCAUUGGGGUCAUAUCGGCAAUAAUUGACAACGUUCCAUUGGUUGCUGCUGCAAUGGGAAUGUAUGAUCUUGCAUCUUUCCCUCAGGAUUCUGAGUUCUGGCAACUGAUUGCAUUCUGUGCCGGUACUGGUGGGUCCAUGUUAGUUAUUGGCUCGGCUGCCGGAGUUGCAUUCAUGGGGAUGGAGAAGGUGGAUUUCUUUUGGUACUUACGGAAGGUUAGUGGCUUUGCUUUUGCGGGAUAUGCUGCCGGUAUUGCUGCUUAUUUAGCAUUACAUAACCUCAACAUAUCCCUGCCUACAACUCUAGCAGAGGUUCCUUUCCUUUCUGGUUCAUAAAUUGAGAAUUCACAGUCCAUCUGGUUCAAUUUUUGUGGCACUAAGCGGCGUAGUUUCGAAAUUAUGUAUACAUGGGGAACUCAUGGUGGAAAUUCUCAAACCGUUAAGAUUUUUGUAGACAGGAAGUUUAUGCAAUAUG